UUGGAGAGAUCAUUACAGUGUUCGCGGGCGGCUGGGGCCCCGGGCACCGUCAUCACCGUCUUGGAGCUCGGGUCCAUAACCGCGACCUGGGGCCGAGGCAUGAGAUUCCCCAACUUCCUGAUCGCGUUGCUCAGCUCGCUGUUCUCGAUGGCCAGUUGCGUGAUCUGGUGUUUUAACUCGACGGGGUCAUCCAGCGCCAACGCCGAGACGCGGCGCAAGGAGAUGAACGUGUCUCUCUCUGUGUCGGAGGAGAUUAUGCUCUCGUCCAUUCUGUCGUAUUCGCCCGACAUCUUGUCCUUCAAGGACCUCGACAACAAUGACGAGAUCUACGUCAUGGAGAAGUCUAAGGACCAGAAUGACAUAUUGAGUCUGGGGACCUCCGUCAUCAACGACAAGGAGAGGGAACGGAGCAUGUGGUCCAAGGACUUUGUGGUCCAAGGGCUUCGUGGUCCAAUCGUGGUCAACAAGAACGAGAUGAUCUACAUGACGUCGUCAGCAAAGGAAACAACCCGCCAAUUCACCCAGUGCUCGGUGCAUGGGUGCGUUGACACGUUGGCGGUGGCAGACUGCCAGUCGUGUACGCUUAGCUUGGGCCUGUCGAAGUGCUUAGACUACGCUGACUUUGGGGACGUUGUUGAGAACUCCAAGAACAACUUGAUGAAGAGCAAGAUCGUCGUCAUCUGCUACGACAUUGAGCUCAGCACCGAAAAGCGCUCCUAA